AUGCUCCACCUUCUGAGCAUCCUCUCCUUCGUGGCCGCCGCCGGCGCCAGCUUCUCCACCAACCUCAAUUACCGCAGCCCUUCGCACAACCACCCAAGCCUGGGUCUCGCCAUCCACAAAAUCCAGAAGCGCAAUGACCCUGCCACCGCCUUCAGACCCGAUCAGCUGAACUUUACGCACGGCGUUGCAUCUGGAGACCCGUACCCGCGAUCUGUCAUUCUGUGGACACGCAUUGCACCCACCAGCGACAAUGACCGGUCCAACGUGACGGUGUCUGGCUACGUACCACUGUACAACCACGAUACGGAGCAAUAUGUCAGGGCGUCGACCGCGCCGGUUUGUGUGGAAUACUCUGUGGCGACAGAUGAGGCGCUCAGCUCUGUGGUGGACUCUGGGACGGCAUAUACGAGUUCGGAUAUCGACUACACGGUCAAGGUUGAGGCAGUCCAUCUCACGCCUUACACAGCCUACUACUAUCAGUUCCGAGUUUGUAAAUCGAACAAUACCAGCCCACUAGGCCGCACGAAAACCACCCCUUUGCCGAAUGACCAUGUAACGAACGUCAGCCUCGCUGUCUACUCGUGCUCAAAUUACCCAUUCGGCUUUUUCAACGCUUACGGCAACACCGCGAGGAAGGACAGCGUCGACUAUGUGGUCCACCUUGGAGAUUACAUCUACGAGUACGCCGAGGGAUACUACGGCUGGGGCUACAGCCUUGGUCGCGUCUCAUUGCCAAACAAGGAGAUCUAUUCUCUAUACGACUACAGGAAGAGACACGCUACCUAUCGUACCGAUCUUGACCUUGUGGCCAGCCAUCAGAAUUUCGCCUGGAUCCCAGUCUGGGAUGAUCAUGAAAUUGCGGACAAUACUUACCGUGACGGUUCGUCCGAACUGAACAACACUGAGGAUUCUUUCGUCAGAGACGGCGGUGUCAGUGUUGACCAGCGGAAGAUGAACGCGGUGCGCGCGUACUUUGAGUGGAUGCCCAUUCGACAAGUCGACAUGGACGACAAUCUUCGUAUCUGGAGAUCCUUCUCUAUCGGCUCCUUGUUUGAUUUGAUUAUGCUCGACACCAGAGGAUACGACCGCAGCAUAACAGACCUCUACUGGAACACUGACUACAUCCAUGCGAUCUCCAAUGACGCAGGCAGGACGCUAAUGGGCGGCCGCCAAGAAAACUGGUUCUACAAUGAGCUUUCUCGCUCUGCGGAGCGAGGAGCCGCAUGGAGGAUUAUUGGCAGUCAGAUCAUCUUCUCCCGCAUGAACCUAAGCGCUGCACUCGGAAACGAAAACCCAUUCAACUACGACCAAUGGGACGGCUACCUAGCCAACCGCAACCGCACAUUUGCGCACCUCUACGAGAACAAUAUUGGAAACAAUAUAAUGCUAGCCGGCGAUAGCCACGCCUCCUGGGUCAGCGAUCUGGUCUGGCUAGGCGACAAGCCCUACAACGCCUCCACCGGCGAAGGCUCCAUUGGCGUCGAAUUCGCCGGCACAGCCGUCUCCUCCCCUUCCCCCGCCGGUCAAAACGUCACCAUCGCACGCGCCAACAACGGUAGCGCCACCAUUGUGCGCGCCAACGACGAGCUGCAGUGGCAGGACCUGUACUACCGCGGGUAUUAUGAGCUGCAUAUCAGCCAGGAAGCUGUAGAGGCGCAGUUUUUUGGCGUGCCUACUACCCAAACGCGGAACGGGCUUGAGAUCAGCCUGGCGAAUUUUACGGUCAGGUCCGGCGAGAAUAGGCUGCAAAGGCCGGUUGCGGGAGGCGUUGUUGAGAGUGGAUUUUUGAAGGGUGGGAGGGUCGUGCAGACGAAUGUUACUUAUGAUACGGAGAACAUGGCAUAG